AUGUCUGGAAACCAAGAGCCUCGGAUCAGCCUGCCUACAUGGCGGUGCAGCGAUUUCAAAAACGCUGCUAUUCCAAUCAAGAAGAGGAAGUACUUUGUGCAGCCGCAUCUUCCGGCAAUGGAGGAAACAGUCCCGAAACGUUUGGGAAAGAGUCCACAAGCUAAUGAGCAAGGUGGUACUAGUGUUGGUAGGAGUGCUUUGGAUUCAUCUCAUGCUGGUGAGAAUCAGAAAAUGAUUGGUGGGUCUGUUGAUAAAGCAGAGAGCACUGGGAACAAAGUUUUUGACCCUAUUAGAGUGAAAGUUGAGGAGCCAAAUAUUCCGAUUCAGUCCAGUCCUUUGGCAGGCUUUGAGAUUCCUCCCAGUUCACUCCAUUUUCCUCAGGGAAAGCUUUCCGAUGAAACUAGGUUGAAAGUAGAACAAGCUCUUCGUAAGGCCCAUGACAUUGUUGGCAAGGGAAAUCUCAGAGGAGAUUGUCAAAGAGAAUCAUCUGCCGGAGUAGGUGCUAUUUCCAUGGGUUUAGGUUGUAAAACUAUAAACAGUUCUCCAUAUGGGGUGAAUGAAAAGCCUACAGCACUGAAUUUGUCGUUGAGCAAGGAAGUUUGUAGCAAAGCUGGCUAUCACAGUGGUGUGAACAGAUCAAAUUGGGAUUUAAAUACUACCAUGGAUGCUUGGGAAGAUGCUCUAGAUCGCAAGACUAGAGUUAAGACUACUGGUGCAUUUUUAGACAGUAACAGAAUAGGGUCCUCAAGUUGUCGUGAUACGACUGCUAUUGCAAAGUCUGUUUCUGAAAAACAGAAGGAAAGUGAAGGAGUUAAAUCUACUACUGUGACGCGGUUUAAUCAGCAAGUUAAUCCUACAUGCUCGCUUAGUCUAGGCCUCAGUUCAUAUCCUCCUAUGCAGAAAUCUUCUUCACUAUCGGAGGCAAAAGCUGCUUACACAAGUUUUUCCGGACCAAAAAUGAUCGCUGGGAAUGUGAACUCGUUAAACCUUAGGACUGUGAAGUCAGAAGUUAUUGAAGAGAGUGCUCAAGUUUGUCCAAUGGGGCUAUCUAUUAACAGGGUAAAACACGAGGGCUUUGGCAGAUUCAACCAAGAAAUUAGUCCCUCAUCUGGCAGUUUGAAGCCAGUGGAUCCUAGGUUGAUAAAGGCUGAGCCAAAUAGCUUUACUGAAUCUCAAGUUUUCAAUAGGAGAGAUGGAGCGUUGAACCAUCCUCAUGCACAAAUAAUGCAAUCAAAUGAGAUCAGCAAUGCGCCAAUGUCGUUGAAUGGAAUGGCAAGAAAUCCAGGCGUUCAGAGUUAUCCUGGCACUACACUAAAAGAAAAUCUAGGCCAGAGUUGCAGUGCAGCUAAUGAAAAGCCAUGGGAAGCGCCGAAACAUGGUGUUGUUCACAUGAAUCAUCAUGGAGAUCAUAACCUCAAUGCAUCAGGUGUGAAUGUUUCCUUGACUGAAGAGAAAAUUUUAGAUGAUUGCAAGACUAAUAUAUCGAAAGAACUCCCUCAUAGUUCUCGUGGUGAACUUUCUAUAAGUGAAGUUGGAAAAAGAUAUAUGUAUGAUGACGUGAAGGUCCAAAGAGCAGCUGCCGUUUUUGCAGAAGGUAAUAGACAUGCUGAGUGUGGUGGUUCCGAAAUUGAACAAAGGGGUAUUGCUGUUCCGUUUCAUGGUGACUUUCAGAAUUCUAACCAUGUGGUUCUUGGUAAUACAGGUGAAAAUGAAGGCCGGAUAGCACAGGAUGGUAAGAAGUUAGCUCAUCAAAUCAUUCAUGCAAGUGAAGGAAUGUCAGGUGUGUCUACAUUGUCAGGCGGGAAUGUUGAAAACCCUGACAACACCAGUCCGGUUUCUUACAAAGCAGAUAUGUCUACUAUUGAGAAUGAUCCUACUGCUCAGGCUUCUGACAAGUCUCCUGUUAAGACACUAGAUGCUUCAGACAGCUUUGUGCCAUUUCGAAUGGAAAGAGAUAGAUUUUCUGAUUUUCCGCUUGAACCACCACGGAAAUAUUAUUCGAGAGAGAGUGAUGAAUCCUGCAAGUUCUCGCGUGAGAGGUACCAUGGCAAAGUUACGAGAGGCCCAAGGUUAAAUUUCAUGUCUGACAGAAGGAGAUUUUCAGAUAAAACAGAAAACAAUCUGCAUGACCGUGACACAAAAGAUUUUGAGUUCGAUAAUCAUGGAAAUACUCGUCGGGGAGGUGCUUUUACGAGUAAUUUUCAUAGAGGGAGACGGCCAGCAAAUGAUGAAGGAACCCCUUAUUCCCACUCCUUUCAGAGAAGAACGCCUAACUAUUCCUAUAAUCAUAGAGGACCAACAAAUAAAGAGGACGGCUCUGCAUUUCAGGGAUUUAGAGAUGGUGAAAAAUUCACAAGGGGAUCGCAGUGCAACAACACAGAACCAAUGUUCAUGAGUCCUCCACGUUCGUAUCAAGGUCGGAAUGGUUUUGGUCGAGGACGCACAAAAUAUUCAGACAACCCCAAACGAGAUUUUUCUGGUUUCCGUUCACGAUCUCCAGUUAGAAGAUCAAGAGAACGAUCAGACGGUCCUUCAUCGUCUUUCAGGAACAGAUCACAGGAAGAUUUCAGUGGGAACGCAGACUUUUCUCAUCGGAGAUCACCCUCCGGUUACAGAACGGGGAGGAUAAGCUCGCCUGACCAAUCUAGUUACUCAAAGGAUAUGGUUGUGAGAAGAAACAGUUCUCCACCUUAUAUGCAUAGACCAUCAAAUGGCGGAAGGGGCCGAGGUUAUGUAAGGGCUCGGGGUUAUGUUAGGGGCCGAGGUUAUACAAGAGGCCGAGGUUAUGGAAGAGAUGGCUUCUCUUUUAGGAAACCAUAUGAUCGUGUUGAACAUAGAAACCUGAACGACUUGGAUACUAGAGAAAGGGUUGACUACAGUGGUAAUUUCUUUGAAGGACCUAACCAUUCUGAACGAUUUGGUGUUGACGUUAAUGCUGAGAGAAGACAAUUUGGUUAUAGACAUGAUGAUGGUACCAGCUCUUUUAGGCCACCUUUUAACAAUGAUGGUUGUGCACCUACUAAUGUAGAGAAUGACCCUGAGGCUGUGGGAUUUGGACAGGAGGACUCUGAUAUGGACAUAGAAGAAGAAGAAGAAGGGAGUUUAAUGAAAAUUGAUGGAAAAAUAGAGAGCGCAACUGAUAAUGCAUCUGGAAGAACUAAGAAUAUGGAAGAGGAGAAAACUUCAAACACAGUUUGGCAACAGGAUGAGCGCGGUGGUGAUGGGUUUUAG